AUGGUCGGUCUCACCUGCAUUCCGCUUGUCAUCUUGGGUGGUUUCGUUCAUCUGCACAUUGUCAUUAUUAAGGAUCAGAAGAACAAAAAGGCGCAUGAGCACUCCACUCACCUCGCCUGCGAAGCUGCUGGUUCCAUCCGUACGGUUGCUUCUCUCACCCGUGAGGAGGAUUGCCUCCAUCUGUACAGCGAGUCACUGGAGGGCCCGCUCCAGGAGUCCAAGACUAGCUCGUUCUGGUCCAACAUGCUCUACACGAUCACACAGUUGAUGUGGACUUGCGGUGCUGCAGCGGACAUCGUCAACCUCCUGGACUCCAAGCCUAGCAUUGACGCCGACAGUACGGAGGGCAGCAUCCACUUCGAGAACAUCCACUUUUGGUACCCCACUUGUCCCGGUGUGUGCAUUCUGCGUGACCUCAACCUCACUGUCGGGUCUGGCACCUAUGUGGCGCUUGUCGGCGCGUCAGGAUGUGGAAAGCGUACGACCAUCCAGCUUCCCAUCGAGUACCGCAAGCACAUCGCUCUGGCCUCUCAGGAACCAACGCUGUAUGCUAGUACCAUCCGCUUCAACAUCCUCCUUGGUGCAACGAAGCCUGCUAAAAAAAACUCAAGGCCGUCAUUACCAGAUAGCUUCGACGCCGAGGUUGGUGGUAAGGGCUCCCAGCUCUCCGGUGACCAUUGCGAUUGCGCAGACAACUCGACCUUGGAGAAGAUUGUGCAGAAAGCACUCGACAGUGCUGCCAAGGGCCAGACAACGAUUGUGAUUGCACAUCGUUUACCAACCAUCCAGAACGCAGACUGCAUAUACUUCAUCAAGGAUGGUGCAGUCCACAAAUCUGGCAUCCACGACAAGCUCAUUGCGCUGUGUGGAGGCUACUACGAAUGUGUCCAGAUACAAGCACUCAACAAGAGGUAA